AUGUCUGGGAUUCACAUUAAGAGGGUCACGAUUCAUGGAUUUAAAUCUUACAGUGAUACAGUUACAUUCGGACCUUUCUCACCAGGCACAAAUGCUGUAGUUGGCCUCAACGGUUCUGGUAAGUCUAACUUUUAUAAUGCUAUUGAGUUCGUUUUAUUGGACGAAUUCGAUCAUCUUAGGCCAAGCGUAAAGAAAAGCUUGUUACAUGAAGGCCAGGGCGUAUCAAGUCCAACAGCUUUCGUUGAAAUAGUUUUCUCGAAUGAAUCUAGAGUAAUUCCGAUCGAAAAAGAUGAGAUUUCAAUCCGCAGAUCUAUAUCAUUACAGAAAGAUGAGUAUUUCAUUGAUAGAAAGCAUUCAACAAGACAAGACGUUAGAAAUAUCCUUGAGCAAUGCGGAUUUUCUCCAGCUAGUGGUUACUACAUCAUCAAGCAAAGCAAGGUAACAUCGCUUACAACAAUGACUGACGCUCAACGCCUUGAUUUACUUUUGGAUAUUGCUGGUGUUAAAGUUUAUGAUACACAGCGUGAAGAAUCCGUUAAGAUUAUCGCUCAGUCAAUGGAACGUAAGAAGAAGAUCGAAGAUUCUUUGGAAUACAUCAAUAACCGUCUCAAAAAACUUGACGAAGAAAAAGCAGAACUUGAGGAAUUCAAUGAACUUGACAAGAAGCGUCGCGCUAUUGAGAUAUUGAUCCAAGAUCGCUCUUCCCGCGAAAAUCAAAUUGAAAUUGAAGCAAGAAACGAAGAACUCCAAGUACAAACAACAGCCUUGGCAUCCAUCCGUACUGAAUAUACAGAAAACCAGACCGAAGUCCACAAUCUUACUGAUGAAUUAACAAAUACCAAAAUUAAAGAGAAACUCUGUCUCCAAGACAGGAACAAUCUUCAACAGCAAGAGACAGAUCUCAUCAAACAACAUGAAAGAGCCCAACUCAAGGCCUCAAAAUACGAAGAAAAGCUGAAAACAGCAGAAAUCGAAAUCCAAGAUAAGAAAUCUAAGCUUGAGAAGAUUGAAGAAGAGAUUUCCAACGCCAAGAACCAAGAAGAAGAGUAUACAAAGGAGUUUGACGAAGUUUCCCAACACAAAGCUGAAAUUGAAGGUCAAUUAUCAGUUUUACAGUCACUUUGCGCCGGCCAAUUAGAAGAUAUCGACAAUGUCAAUGCCGAACUCAAGGCUGCUAAGAAAGAAAUCGAGAAAUUCCAGAAAGAAGUCACUUCUCAAGAGAAAUCUGUCACAAAAGCGAAGAAUCAGUUAGAUCAGGCACUCAAACAGAGAUCAUCCUUUGUAGAUGAGUUCAAGAAACUCAAAGAAGGCCAGAAAAAGUUGACAGAAAAAAGAAAUGAAUUAUUAGAUGAGAGAAAACUCAACUGGUCAAAGCAAUACUCGCUUGAAAAGGAGCACCAUGACAUCAAGAAGCAUCUUAACGAGCUCCAAGUCAAGGCAACAAGGUCAGCAAACAGCGAUGUUGCAAAUGGCAUUGAUUACAUCAAGAAGAACAAGUUUGAUGGCUUCCUUGGUGUUGUAAUCGACUUAAUAGAGGUCGACCAAGAAGCAACAGUCGCUGCAAGCGUCAUUGGAGGCAGAAGAUUGUAUUAUAUUAUUGUUGAUACAGUUGAGAACGCCAAGAAGCUUACAAAGAAGGUUUCCGAACAGAAGAACUGCAGCUGCUCCACAAUUGUCCUUGAAAAAGUCAAUCCUUCGAACAAAGAACUUCCUGAAGGCGUAGAUCCACUUUUGAACCACAUCCACUACGACGAAGAGUAUCAGAAGGCCAUGGAAUUGAUCUUCGGAGGCUACGCAUUGACUUCUAGUUUAACUGAAGCAAAUCAAAUUUCAGAAUCUAAGAAAGUCAACUGCGUAACAAUCGAAGGUGAAACAAUCUUGAGCAGUGGUAUCAUGAACGGCGGAUCCGCUAAUCUAAACAGAUCUCCUUUGAUCUUAUCCACUCAAAUCAACGCAAAAACAAAAGAUUUACAAAAAGUGAAGGAAGAUUUGAAGGAAUUGAAUGAAAAAAUCCAAGGAAUUGAGGACGAAAUCAAGAAAUGCGAUACAGACAUUGCCGGAAAUGAGAAGCAGUUGACCGAAUGCAGAGCCAGAGAGGUAACUGUGAAGAGCGAUGUCGAAAAAGCAAGAACAGAAGUAGAUAAUGCACAGAAAGAAUUAGAAAUCAAGCAAAACCAGUUCUCAGACAUGAAAUUGCACUUGAACAGUAUAGAACAGAGAUUACAAGCCCUCCAAGAACCAAAAGGAGAAGCAGAUGACGAAACUCGUGCAAAAGUCAGAGAAUUAUUAGAUCAAAGAGUCGAAAUCGACUCCCAAAGACUGAAACUAAUCCAGUUGCGUUCCAUUCUUAGACAGAGAAUGAGAGACGUCUUAGUUCCUCAACAGCGCCAGAUUUCAGAUCAAAUUGCCGAACUUGAUCCAUCUAGAAUCAAGCAGAAGCUCAAGCAAAGCGAGCAGAAGUCUAAGGACUCUGAAAAGAAGCUCAACCAGGUCAACCAGCGCCAGGAGAAAAUCAAUCAAAAACUUAAUGAAAUUUCAGAGGAAAUUAAUCGUCUCUCUAACAAAAUUGAGAGUCUCAAAAACGAUCAGACGAAAAUGGACAAAAAGAUCUCACAAUACCAAAGCACAAUAGAUAAAAUCCAUCAGAGGCUUGCUUUACUCGAACAACGCCAAGAAGAUAUCAAGAAUGAGUCGAUGUCCAUUGGCGCUUAUCCUGAGGACGAAAUAAAGGAGUACGAAGACCUUUCCAUGUCCCAGUUGUACAAUCAGCUUCAUGAAGUUAACGAAUCUCUCCAAACAUUCAGAUUUGUUAACAAGAAGGCCAUAGAACAGUACCAAUCCUUCAGCAGCCAGAGGGAAGAGCUUGAGAGAAGAAAGGAAGAGAUAGAAACAUCAGGAAACUCAAUUACUUCUCUCAUUGCAAAUCUUGAUUUCAAGAAGAACGACGCAAUCGAACAUACAUUCGCCCAAAUAUCAGAUAACUUCGCAAAGAUAUUCCAGGAGCUCGUGCCAACCGGCCAAGGCGUUCUUUCCCUCUUAAAGAAUCCAGAUGAUGACAAUAAAGCUGUCGGAAUCGGUAUCAGAGUCAGAUUUGGUGACAACACUGAAGAAGUCGGCACCGCUGCAACAUCAAUGAUGCAGUUGAGUGGUGGACAACAGUCAUUAGUUGCAUUGGCUCUUGUAUUCGCCAUUCAGAAGUUCUCACCAGCUCCUUUCUACCUCAUGGACGAAUCAGAUGCUGCUUUGGAUCCAAACCACAGAAAGGCAGUUGCAGAUCUGAUCACAAAACUAUCAAAGCCGCAAGAUGACGUGGCCCCAGCUCAGAUUAUUCUGACAUCGUUCAAACCAGAACUGUUGGAGAGCUGUGAAAAAUUGUUUGCUAUUGUACAGGAAAAGAAUCACUCUGUUGCUAAGGAAGUCAAAGUUGAUGAGGCUUUAACUAUUGUCAAUGAACGUGAAAACGCUUAA